UAAUUGCAUUCCAGAGGAAUUUCUCUUGCAGCUGGUACUUCAACUGACGGGAGAGAGUGGGAAUUGUGAAUGACUCUGCCUGGAGGAAAGAGGGAUUUUCAGUGAAAAAAGCAGAGAGAAGAGAGAGAAAAUAAGUUCUUUUGGAAGAGGCACUGCAAGCCUCAACUCUUUUGUCAUCCUCUCUUACAGAUAAGGGACUCCUCAUCCUCAUUUCUCACACGCUCUUUACUGCGACUCUUUGACUGUCUGGGGAGCCUGCGAGGCAGCGUAUAUAAAUAAAGCACAGGGUUUCCAUAGGCUGGGCGGACUGCCAGUAAGUGAGAAUCUUCAGGGCUUUCUCUCGCCGAUUCUUUGUGGCGAGAAGCGCACCCUGACUGGAUCAACAAGUCUGAAGACAGACAGCUUCUCAAAUCAUCAGUGUACACAGGCAAAAGCAGGAGCUGCAUGCGCCAGCCUCAGCAAGAGAACGUUUACGAGUGCUUAGUGCAAGAGAGGCAAGUCAGACAACACAGCCUGAAGAAAGACUAGCAGAAGUACUGUUCUUCAGCGUGCAAUGCAUUGUUUAUCUUCUAAAUGCGUCAUAAAUCUCCAAGUCUUCCAAUGCGCCUAAGCGGGUCUCUGUGUGACAUGUUAUUUUUCUCAAAACAGUUUGAGUUCUUUCCAGAAUUGGAUUUGAAUCAGAGAAGGGGGAGGACUUGGAUCUUGUGUUUCCCACAUAUCCGCUUUUUUCCCCCCGCUUGUCAUUUCUGCACGCUUGAAGGACCCUUGCCCUGCACAUGAAGACAACCGCCUGAGACUUUGUCUCCACUGUGGUUACUGGUCUUAAAAGUCUAAUUUGCUUUUUGGGGUCUCCUUUGUCUAGACGGCUCUGCACUAGUGGAGAGAAGCCCAACUGAAUUGAUCUUUUGUCUGAAUCUAGGGUUCUUCUCACGGUGUGAAAAUCGUGCACCCCCCGCCCACUCCGACCCCUCUAAAAUCCCCUCCUUCCAUCCCUUCCACAUGAGUCCCUUCGUACCCUUCCUCCCUCCACUCACACACACCUCCUCGUCUUCCAUCCACAUGCCGCUGCGUUCAGCGAGCAUGUGAGAGUAGUGUGCAUGUGUGCCUCUGUUUGCACUUGGAGCCAGAAAUCGGAAGCCAGGAUUAGGUGUGUGGAGGGUGAUGCUUUGCUGGAUGCAUCUGCAGUUGACGGCUUCAGGACCAGGAGGACCCAAAACCAUUCCAAAGGGAUUCCGCAACCGCUUUACAACCCGAGGAUCUGUGAUUGCAUGUGCAUGGAUUUCAUUGCAUGCACUUACAUCGGACUGACAGAAGAGGAGAGAGGUUGAUAAAGAUGGUAUCCUGCCAUGUCUGAAGUGUGAUUGCGGUGGUGUGAUAUCAGAGCUGGUGCCGGCACGCUGUCUUUAUCCAGGCUCAUAAUGAAAAAAACACACAGCACCACUCUGCGCAGGGCCUGGCCCAGUUCCGAAUUCUCUGACCGUGCCUCCGAUCGCACCCGGUCACGGAGCGAAAAAGACUACCGGCUCCACAAACAUUACCCAAAACACUUCAUCUCUCACUGCCCUAGAGGAUUCAUGAUAACAGGUGAUGUGUCUCCCAUCAGCAUGUCUCCCAUCAGCCAAUCCCAGUUCAUCCCACUGGGGGAAAUCCUGUGCCUGGCUAUAUCUGCCAUGAACUCCGCCCGUAAGACUGUCACACAGGAGACUCUCAUCGAGCACCUAGCAACAUGCUUCCCAGGUGUCCCCACUCCAAGUAUGGAGAUUCUGCGGCACACGCUCAACAUGCUGGUCCGAGAGCGGAAGAUUUACCCAACCCCAGAGGGUUAUUUCAUUGUUACCCAGCAGACAUACUUCAUCACACCUUCCCUCAUUAGGACUAACAGCAAGUGGUACCACCUUGACGAGAGGAUACCAGAACGCGUGCAGCAGCAGCAGCCGUGUACCUCUCCUCACUCGAGUACCAUGACACCCUCCACUUCUGGAUGUGUCCGGGAAAGACCUCACCACAAGAACCACAGUGACUCCUACAACAGCUACCGGGAGGACAUCCCUAGUACGCAUACCUCAACCUUACAGAGAAGGUCUAAGGAGCAUAAAGAGUCUUCUCCUGUGUCUCCGCCCCCUCAGCAGCCAUCAGAAAAGAGUAAGAGUACGCUUAGUUUUCCAUUUAAAACUGAGACAAACAGUAAACACAAAGAUGGAAGCAGCAGCAGUGGGGAGAAGCAGUCUAAGAAGUUUGGCCUUAAGCUUUUCAGGUUGAGCUUCAAGAAGGACAAGACGAAACAUCUAGCCACAUUUUCAGCCCAGUUCCCACCUGAGGAGUGGCCACUGCGGGAUGAGGAGACACCCAGUACUGUUCCUAGAGAGGUAGAGAUGGAGAUCAUCCGUCGGAUCAACCCAGAUCUCACGGUGGAGAACCUGGCUCGCCACACAGCCGUAAUGAAGCGUUUGGAGGAGGAGAAGGCACAGCGGAACAAAGCAAACUCCUCGGCUCACCAGAGUGCCCGCAGCAAGAGGAGCCGCAGCCAUCGAAAGACCCAGCAGGGCAAGGCCUCACGUUCCCAUAGCAAAACACGUGCUUCCAGGGGGGAUCCGUCUGAAGGAUCCAAUCUGGAAAUAUCCUAUAAUCGUGAUUACAGAUUCUACAGCUCGUCAUUGGUACGUUCUCCACGAGAAACCAUGAUGUCUAUGGAGCGGAAUAGGGGGAAGUAUUUGGUUCACAGCAACCCUAAUAUUGUGGAGUCUCACUUUACCACUGCUCCAGAGUGGGAUGUUUCUGGGGAACUGGCAAAGCGGCGGACAGAAAUGCCAUUCCCAGAGCCUUCUAGGGCACAGUCACAUUCCAAAGUCCACCGAAGUCAUAGUCAUACACAAGAGAGAAAGUCACGAAAUGAGAGGUCGGACAAGGCCAAAGAAAGGUCACGGUCCAUGGACAACUCCAAGGGACCACUUGGUGGUCCAUACAUAGGUGGCCCAGAAGACUUUGAGUGCAGUCCUGAUGACAGGAGUAGGUACUACACUGAUGAUGGUACUUUGAGGGCAUCUGCGCAGGCGACCCACUAUUCCCGUAUCAUGCUCUCUGCUGCUAGAUUACACCCUGAUGUUUGUGUGCCUGAUGUUGGAAGAGGAUCAUCAGAGGAUGCUGUGCAUUAUCGGACACUGGAGAAAAGUAAAAGCAGGGAUAGUCUUCCUGCUUACAAUGACCUGAAGUCAUGCUCUCCCAAAAACCCAGUAGACGACUAUUUCCAGUGCACUGCAGCAAAUGAAGUGUCUCUCUCUGCCCCACCUUCUCUAGCAAAACCCAGCCAUGACUUUAAGGAUAGUGUCUGGAAGGGGAUCUCCUCGGACCGACUGACCCCUCAUCUUACACCACCUCACCCUAUAGAAUAUAAAGAGGAGACAGCAAAGGGACAAAGUAGUAUUUCUAUAGCAUCUACGAGCCAAACCCCCGAGCAUCUCCCCAAUGGACGAUUGUUGCACCAACACAAUCCCGACUCAGGUGACUUGGACGAAAUGCCCGAGGUUUACAGCCAAGAGACUUUGUUCAAACCUCCAGACUAUGUCGAAAGCAGCUUCUCAAGGCCAGGUACGAUAGGUAAGUCCCCUCACACCAAGUCGACAGAGGUCCUGGAAACUCAGGAGCAUUUUGAUAAACCUCUACCACUGACUGUGCCACCAUCCUUGGCUCAGGAGCAGGCUUCAUGCGCAGAAACCACCUUCGACUAUUACAAUGUGUCAGAUGAUGAAUCUGAGGAGACUAGUCAUAAGAACCGCAUGGAGGAGAAAGUUCUAGAAGAAGGAGGGACAAUGCAAUGGCUACUGGAACGGGAAAAAGAGCGUGAUUUGCAGAGGAAGUUUGAGAAGAACCUUACCUUUCUAAGUCCCAAGGAAGGUGAGAGCAACAACAGCCAAAAAUCAGUCCAUUCUACCCGAUUGGACAGUAUGGACUCCAGUAGUGUGACUGUGGACAGUGGAUUUAAUUCCCCACGCACACGGGAAAGCCUUGCUUCGAACACCUCGAGUAAUGUGGAAAAUAGCAGGCGCCAGAAUAUGGCUUUGAGUCCAGGACACAUUGGCACCAAAAGACCCCCGCCACCCUACCAGCCCCCCAGCUUCCGUACCAAUCGCGAGCCGCCCGCCAACCGCACGGAGAAACAGGCCUCCAUCACCAGCGUGUAGUGAUGGGGACCGUCGUUAAAGCCAACUUCACCAGGACUGUUACGAUCUUACAGAGCUCGUGUGACGCCUGUUCCUGCUGUUUUCAAAACUAGAUGUUUCAAAAAAACACUUCAUCAUGAUUCACCGGAGGUAUCUUUUACUUUUUUUUUUUUUGAUAUUUGUAACAAAUAUUGCUGCAGACAAACAAGUCACUUCAUUAGGACUAAAUUUACGCAGAUCUGCGAUGUUUUGGGAUAAAAUCCUCGAUCAGACUCAUUUGUAGGUGUCCUUUAUAGCUUCAUGUAUCCACUACGGGUCUUCACUGUCUUCUGAUCCAAACUUGGCUGCGUUGCCUUUGCCUAUUCAUUCAUCGCUGUGUCUUGUGUUUCAUUCUGUACGCUCAGGUCCCUCUGAACUCUACUGACUUAAGUGUCUCACAUUUGAAGGCCACAAUAAUCUCCCUGGAAAUCUGAACAAGCUCAUCUGUUUCUGCUGGAAUCCUUUUACCACAUCCUUGUGUGUUGUCCGCCGCAUUUUUCUGGGACGUUUAUGUAGAAUCUUAACAAAACUUACCACCAUUAUGGCAUUAUGUUUAAAAAAAAAUACCAAUUUAAAAAUUACUGGUGCUUUCUCAUUGAAUGGACCGCUAUUCUUUAAAAAAAAAAAAAAAAAAGUUGGAACCCUUUUUUUUUCUUCAGAUUGAUCAGGUGCUCAACUACUAGACAAAACAGAAUACACACAUUGCUACCUCCACUUUUUGUACAGUUGUAAAGGGAGACAUGAGAGACGUCCACCCCACAUUAGGCCCGCUGUAUUAGACAAAUCACUUUCAGCUUGCAAACUGUGAAUGUACUGCUAGUGCUUUUCAAUCACUGCUCCAUCAUCAAGCGUCAAUAACCUACUGUUGUCAUACUAAUAGAGUCGAAUCUCACUGUAACAGAGAGGAAACUUGUGUGGAGUUUGGAAUCAUAUAGGACCCAUAUAGAGUGGAUAAUAGAACGUCAUAUCUCUGAUAUGUCCAGCCAUGUUCAAUUAUUUAUUGUCAUUAUGGUUAUUAUUAUGAUUACAAAUAGUUAUUUUUUAUUUAUUUAUUUAUUUUUCAGUUCUAUAAGGACACAAAUUCAUGGUAUGAAUUAGAACAGUAUUUCACUGAUUCUUGAAAUAUGGGGCAAAACAUUUAAUUUUAUUUUAUAAAUGUGUGUGUGUGUAUGCUGUUAUUUCCAACUUUUUGUUCAUCAAAGAAUCCUGAAAAAAGUCACAUUUUCUAUAAUGCAUUGUUUUUAACAGUGCGUAAUGGCUUUUGAAAUAAAUUUAAAUAAAAAAAAUGUUUUUUUAAAUAGUAAUAAUAUUUCACAAUUUGGUAUAUAACAUUAAGGUUUACAUUUACAUAUACAUAAUCUGCCACAUCCAUCAUAAAUAUUGCAAUAUAAUCUUUACAUAAUUUCCUAUUAGAAUAUUGAAGUCCUAUUACUAUUAGCAAGCUUUUAAUAAAAACUAAGUGGCUACCACAAUUAAUACUUAUAUGGUUAUGAUAUUGUUAUUUUAUUCAUUCUUUUAAGUUGAAUGCUAAAUUUGUCAGUAUUUAUGAAAAUUACUUGACGGUACUCUUGGCAUUUUUUAUAAAUAUUGACAAAUCUAGCAAACUCUGUCACAUGACAGUACACAUUUUGUAUCUGACAGUGUUGUCCUGUCCUAUAUAAGUGAUUUAUGAAUAGCAACCAUGCCAGAAAAGGUGCAAGUUUAUACAAAAUAAUUAUUUGAUGCAUAAACUUUUGUUCUUUGCUGUUUUGCCCCAUUAUUUAAGUAUCAAUCAAGUUUUUGAAUAAGUUAUUAAAUUAUAAGUCUGAAAGAAUAGCUAUUUCUUUUGUAAAACAAUGUUCACUGCUCCGUUUAGUGAACAUCUGUCAUAUUCAUCUGAGUACGAGUCCCCUCGUGAGUUCUAGAGGACUGUAAAAUGUCACGCUUUCCAAUAAAUGGAUAAACUGCAGUCAGGACUACCUUGUUAUACCAUUUUUGCACUAAUGCCUGUUCUCUGGUGACUGUAAUAAGAAAAAGAAGAAAAAAAAAUCAUCCGAAUGGAUGUUCUGUUUAUAAUGAACAUAUUUCAUAUGAAAUACUGAUAGUCCAUGAAAUGUCUUCCCUAAACAUGAAGGAUUUCUUAUGGUUCUCAAUAACAUUGUUCCUUAUUGUGACAUUAUGUCAUUCUGUAAGAGAUGGCCUAUCUGUCAAGCUGAGUAUAAAACCUACCAGGGGGAUUUUUGGUAGAGUCUAUGAUAUUUAAAAAAAGAAAUUCCCCGUUUGUGUAGUUGUGCUGUUUAAUGUUUUAGUGUACUUAAUCCCUUCCUUGGGGAUUGUGUAACUUUUUAAGACAAUAAAAUAACAUGACAUGUUUAA